CAUUCCCGAACCAGUAACGUAAAAGAUCAAAUGGGCAAGAUGGCGUGGCAGCCGGAGGAGAAUGGUCUCCGACAAAUCCUUCAGCUGUUGAAAGAGUCACAAUCUCCUGAUACUGCCACACAGAGGAAUGUUCAACAAAAACUUGAGGAAUUAAACAAAUACCCAGACUUCAACAACUACCUGAUAUUUGUACUGACAAAGCUGACCUCUGAAGAUGACCCAACCCGGUCACUGAGUGGAUUAAUUUUGAAGAACAACGUAAGAGCCCACUUUGAAAAGUUUCCUCCUGAGGUGACCAACUUUAUUAAACAGGAAUGCCUGAACAGUAUCGGGGACCCAUCGCCGCUGAUCCGGGCCACCAUAGGCAUUCUGGUAACCACCAUCGUAGCCAAAGGUGAGCUGAGGAACUGGACAGAGCUUCUACCAUCGCUGUGUGGAAGCCUGGACUCUGAUGACUAUAAUGUUUGUGAGGGAGCUUUUGGCGCAUUACAGAAGAUCUGUGAGGAUACGGCUGAGGACCUUGAUAAUGACAGCACCCGACCCCUCAACAUCCUCAUUCCCAAGUUCCUUCAGUUCUUUAAACAUAACAGUCCCAAAAUCAGAUCCCAUGCCAUAGCGUGUGUAAACCAGUUCAUCAUCAGUCGGACGCAGGCCCUGAUGGUGCAUAUCGACAGCUUCAUUGAGAACCUGUUUUUCCUAGCCACGGAUGAUGACACUGAAGUGAGAAAGAAUGUCUGCCGAGCACUAGUGAUGUUGGUGGAGGUCCGAAUGGACAGAUUGAUACCUCAUAUCAACAGCAUCAUAGAGUACAUGAUGCUGCGAACUCAGGAUGAUGAUGACAGCGUGGCAUUGGAGGCAUGCGAGUUCUGGUUGUCACUGGCGGAACAGCCUAUCUGUAAGGAUGUGCUAGCCUCACACAUCGAGCGACUAGUCCCUGUCCUCGUUAAAGGCAUGAAGUACUCCGAGAUUGACAUUAUACUGCUAAAGGGAGAUGUGGAGGAGGAUGAGAUGGUGCCGGACAAGGAGUCUGACAUCAAACCUCGUUUCCACAAGUCCCGCACCCACAGUCAGAAACACCAGGACGGUGAGGAGGUAGGUAAUGGCACCAAUGAUGGAGAGUUGUCAGACGACGGCUUCGACGAUGAUGAUAGUCUCUCGGACUGGAAUCUCAGAAAGUGCUCUGCAGCAGCCCUUGAUGUGCUCGCAAACGUGUUCCGUGAGGAGAUCCUUCCCAUCUUGCUUCCUAUCCUGAAGGAGACGCUGUUCCACAAUGAUUGGGAUAUCAAGGAGUCUGGCAUCCUGGUGCUAGGUGCCAUCGCUGAGGGCUGCAUGAAUGGAAUGAUCCCACACCUUCCUGAACUCAUUCCCUAUCUGAUCAGCCGACUGUCGGACAAAAAGGCCCUUGUGCGAUCCAUUACGUGCUGGACGCUUAGUCGAUAUGCUCACUGGGUGGUGGGGCAGCCCCACGAGUCGUACCUUAAACCACUCAUGACAGAGUUACUGAAGCGAGUGCUAGACUCCAACAAACGAGUACAGGAAGCGGCUUGCUCCGCGUUUGCCACCCUGGAAGAGGAGGCUUGUACCGAGUUAGUUCCUUACCUUGGGUUCAUCCUGGAAACACUGGUGUAUGCUUUCAACAAAUACCAGCAUAAGAAUCUUCUGAUUCUAUAUGAUGCUAUUGGAACCCUUGCAGACUCAGUUGGCCAUCAUCUUAAUAAGCCAGACUACGUCAACAUGUUGAUGCCGCCCCUGAUACAGAAGUGGAAUGUACUGAAGGACGAGGACAAAGAUCUCUUCCCACUCUUGGAGUGUCUGUCUAGUGUAGCGACCGCCCUUCAGUCUGGGUUCCUGCCCUACUGCGAACCAGUGUACCGCAGAUGUGUAUCCCUGGUGGAACAGACGCUGAACCAGAACUUUAUGAGCAUGUCGCACCCUGACCGGUAUGAGGCUCCAGACAAAGACUUCAUGAUUGUGGCUCUAGACCUGCUGAGUGGCCUAGCAGAAGGCCUGGAACAGCAUAUCGAAGCUCUCGUGGCCAACAGUAAUAUCCUCAAGUUGUUGUUUCAGUGCAUGCAGAUGACAUUGUACUCUUGCCCUACACAACAGGACCCCAUGCCAGAGGUUCGACAGAGCUCAUUUGCACUUCUAGGUGACUUGACCAAGGCCUGUUUUCAGCAUGUCAAACCUUGCAUAGGAGACUUCAUGCCUAUUUUAGGCUCCAACCUGAAUCCAGAGUUUAUCUCGGUGUGUAACAAUGCCACAUGGGCCAUUGGAGAAAUCUCCAUCAAGAUGAUUGCGACAGAGAUGACGCCAUACGUUACCCUAGUGUUGGCUCCACUCAUCGACAUCAUCAACCGACCCAACACCCCCAAAACACUCCUGGAGAACACAGCCAUAACAAUUGGUCGCCUUGGUUUAGUAUGUCCACAAGAGGUGGCGCCUAGUUUGCAACAGUUUAUACGGCAGUGGUGUACAUCCCUACGCAACAUUCGUGAUAACGAGGAGAAAGACUCGGCUUUCCGUGGCGUAUGUCACAUGAUCAACGUUAAUCCUGGGGGUGUUGUUCAGGAUUUCAUUUUCUUCUGUGAUGCUGUGGCAUCCUGGUCACAGCCAAAGGCAGAUCUAAAAGACAUGUUCUACAAGAUCCUUCAUGGCUUUAAGAACCAGGUGGGAGAGGAAAACUGGACAAAGUUUUCUGACCAGUUCCCUCAGCCUUUGAGGGAACGCCUCGCUGUCCACUAUGCUGUGUGACCUGUCUCCAAACAGGCCAAAGGGGAAAAGGGAAAGUGCUAUCGGGGCAAAUCCUAUGCCCAGGCACAAUGGGGCCACACACAAUGGGGUUGGCAUCGCGAAAUGGGAGGGCCAGCUCAGAGGGGGGCCUCUGUAGCUCGCGGGGAACAGUAGGGCAGGGAGCUAGGGAAGGUCUACAUCCAAAACCUGGCCACUCAGCGUGCCCAGCUGUACCGCAGCACCAAUGUAUCCAUCGCGGAGGGAGGGUCGCGUCGCGUCAAGGGGAGGGCUAUGUCAAGUAUUUAUACAUCAUAUUACAUCUGUGUCCGACAGAUUUGUCACCGGGAUUGUUAGGUAACUGUGGUUUCAGUAGAGUAUUGCAUGCCAAACCUAUAAAUUGUGUAAUACUUCAGAAAUCUUCGAAACCUGUGUCCAGUACAUGUAUUUCAUAGCAUCAGUAUUUUUUCUUCUGAAGUUUAGCAGUAGAGUAAAAUAAAGAGGGCUUAGGAACCUUGUGCAGCUGGUUAUGUCUAAACUAAGAGGACUCUCAAAGUUGUUGUUCUAUUUAUUUCCAAGUUCAGCACUGAACAGAAAUUUAAUUGCUGUUAUUUCAACUAAUAAGGAGUUUGUUUUUUUUUGUUGCUCCUCGAAGUGUUGAAAAUCUACUGUUUUAAGACCUUCUGUCCAUGUAAUUAGUGAUGUCAAGGGGAAAAAAAUACUCUUUCAAAUGAAAAGUCUUCUUUCGAUAGACAUAAUGAGCUUGGAGACCUAGUGCUUUCAUUAAUAGCUUACAGACUGCAUCCUCGUUUUGUUAGCAUCGUCCUGUGUACAGGUUCAGGAUAAUAUCUUCUUCUUUUUUCAAAAGAAGUAUAUUUUGUAUUAUUCAGAAGAUUCCAAAAAUAAUGUACCAGAUAUUGCAAAAGAAAAAACACAAAGGGUACACAUUUUGUACAAAAUUUUCAAUUAAGUUUGAUAUAGUAGUACUGGAAAUUUGAUAUUCUGAAAAUUCAGUUGUGUAAAAUAUAUGGUUUUGUGUAAUAGUAUUUAGAUUUAAAAAUGGAACUGCUUAAGAAAUACAUACAUUUAAAACAUAAUAUGCAACUUUUAUGCUAUUGUUUGAAACAUUUAAUUUUCAAUACCAAAAGACUAAAUUAAAGAAAGUUCAGUCUAUGAGAAGUUAAUAGGGAUUUUACACAAAGAUACAUCUACAUUUGAUUUUAUGCAUUUUUCAUGAAAUUCAUAAGUUUGUAAUUUUAAGAAAAAUCAAUAAUGUAAUCAAUGAUAUGAAAAGACUUGAUUAUGCUUCCAUUUCUUUGAAGAGUAAAAAGUUGAGAAAACUUUUUGAAAAUGCAGAUAGCUGAUUUGCUGUUUUGUAGUAAGUUUUAGUAGUAUAGUUAUGGAGAUAAUGUCCUACAACUGAGAAUGAAGUUGUGUUUCACCUGUAAUGUCAAUAUGUGUUGACUACAGCCUGGAUUGUCCGGGUCACUAUCCUGUCCUUUCUAUUCUGUCCAUCUCCAGACCGAUUACUGUCAAACUCUGUGAUCGAUCAUCUACAAUGCUAAUAUAAUCGCUACUGUCACUGAUUGUACAUGCUACCUAAACCCAACAUAAGCGACUUGAGAUAGAAGAUACUCUGCCCAAUGAAGGAGGAGUUGUUACGACGCUCCUGGGACUGACGGGCGGAGGAUAAGCAGGAGCUAACAACCAAUCAAACCCUGCGUCCACUACGCAUUAAGCGUUAAAUGUACAAAUGUACUUGAAAGUGAACACCACCUUACCAGGAAAGUUCACAUAGACAGUUCUGUUCCCUACAGCUCACCAGUAGGGUCAGGACAGACCAGAUCUGGUCGGUCACUUAAUACAGGACUGUUCUUAGCCACUGAUGAACUGUGUAUUUAAUGAACACAAUGAAGCAAUGAAAAAAUGUGUAAAAGUAAGACCUAACACAGACAGCAUGCUUCAAUUAAAGUUCAGAAGUCAUAUGUUUUGUCACCAAACAAAAGAUUGUAAAUGGGAUCAUUGAACAGUUAAUAUGAAUUUGUGGAAGCCUAAUUUUAGUGGGGUAUUUUUAAAUAUUUGUGAUACUUUGUAUAUAGAUUUGUAAAUGAUAAAUAUUUUUUUAAGUAUUUAUUUAUGUUUUAUUCAGUUCUAUAUGGUAACUUUAGUAACAAGAAUAGGGCUGUGGCUAUUUUGAGGGAUUAAGGAUCAAGUUAAGUAUAUGGAAAACAAAAGUAACUAAGCUAGGUUAUCGAUCAGCGAAGUGUUCUUGUAACUUAUUGUUCAGUCAUGUUUUCGAGUGUUUAUGCUAAGUGCCAAGAUGCUAGUGAAAAAUUGUACAAUGAUCCCAAUUACAGAUUUGCUUCUUGAGCUUGUAACCCAGGUGUCAACGGCUGUGUGUCAUUUAAUUUGGACAGAUGAGGUAGUUACAGAUACUACCCACGACAAGUCCACAAGCAUUGUGCCAGCCGGACACCUACAUUAGCAGGUCCUUGUGUACUGCAAUCUGUGAUCUACUGUAGGUGUUCUUAAGUUUUUAACGUGUGAUGUUAUUAUAAUCUGGGAAUUUUUUUUAUAUUUUUUUUCAAGUUAUAUUAUUAUUGUUGUUGUAUUUUUCAUUUUAUGAUAGGUAUUUAUAAGUCUUUCAAUUGUAUGCUGUUUAGAUGCGGUUAUAUAUGAUAGGUUAGAGAGGGAAGAUUCAUACUGAUAAGUAUUGUUUAAAGGAAGUGAAGAUAAUGAGAAGGAUUUUAUAAUUUGUUUUACAUUAUUUAUGAUUAUAAAUGGUAAAUAAAUUAUUUUGUAAUAAAAUGUAUUAUAGGAUAUCUCUGCUCUAAAUUCUGCUCCAGCCACGUUGGUGUACGUAGUUUCUGUAAUGUCGUUGUGUGAACCUCUGUGCAAGAUGUAGUAAACACAUUUCUAUUUAGUUAAGGGACAGUUCCUAAUCUGAAGCCGUGAUUCACUGUGUUGACUAACUGAUCAGCUGAUUAUAGAACCAGAUCUCCAUCUGUUGUUCAGCUACUAGAUUUGGACAUUUUUGCGCUAUUACUAUCUGUACCAUAUGUACAUACUACAAGAGUUUUAAUCUGCAUGCAUGAAAUAAAAGUGUACAAAAAAA